AGAAUGGAAAGAAGGAAAGAAAGAAAAGAGGAAGGGAGGCAGGAAAGAAAAAAAGGAAGGAAGGCAAAAAGAAAAGAGCGUUUUGGACUUCCAGCGAGUGACUUCAAUCUCUUGCCGCUUUUUCUUUCAAAUCUCCUGUUUGUGGCUUCCUGACAUGCCCAACAUCUAACCAGCAUUUUCUCAAAUCAGGUUUCCUUUCCAAUCUCUGGCCAAUCAGUCUCUGGUCUUCGAAGACAAAAGGAAACAAACCAACAAGAAAGUCCAGCUGCCUGGUGAAAAAGCAUCUUUGGGAAUCCUCUAUUGCAUCUGCUCUCCCUCUUGGUCCCCCCCCCCCCAUGCUUUUAGUUUUGCACGCUCUCCGUCGUCCCUUUCUCUGCAAUCCCGCCACCUUGCAAGGGUUGAAUCUCCAGCGGCAACAACCUCUCUCUCUUGUCUUCCUGCUUCAUCACCCUGGCCGCGAGGUUACGGCUUCUCUCCUGCCCCCUUGCCAGUCCAGCCUACCUUCUCCCCCCUCCCCCCCCCAGGACCUAAUCUGAUUAGCUAUUAAAGGACCGUUGAACGUGGAUUAUGGGUUUUAAAAGAACUCGUUCCCCUCCUCCACAAAGGCCAGCCGGGAAGCUUGUCAGCACCCGGGUCUUCUGCUCCACUUUCUCUUCUGGGAUCCAAGGAAGACCAGCUCUUGGGGCCCACCCCAGGAGGCCCCAGACCACCCAAAAGAAGAACUGGGAGAAGGAAGAAGUCCGUACAUGCUCAGAAGACCUUGCUUUCUCCAAGCCAAUCUCCCCUUCACUGGGAAUGAAGGCCAGGGUUGAUUUUUUAUUUAUUUGUUUGUUUGUUUCUUGGACUUUUUUCCCCUUCUUACCGUUAUUCUAACUUUCCUAAGAAUUCUCUUGGAUUUUAGCGAGUGGAUCUAUUUUUUAUCUUUAUAUACAUACACACAUAUAUAUAUUUGGCUUUUUUUUUGGACUCAUUCAGACUCGACGGUGAAGAGCAACCCUUGAUCAAGUGGAUGGCAGGAGAUGGGCCCAAAGAUUUAUGGACUUGGUCCCUGAGGAGCUGAAGCCGUGCCUUCUUCCUUUCCCCUUCCUUGCCUCUCCACCAGAUCGUUUCCGAAGAUCACCGCCACAGCAUGACACGGCUUUGGUUGGGCUUCCUGCUUUGGCUCUCCAACCAUCCGAGGUGGACCUACUGUAGAGGCCCCCCUUGGUGGUCCCUUCUCGUCUGGCCUCUGCUUCUUCGCCUUCCUCUCAGCGUCCACGCCACAACUUUCAAAGUCGGCGUGAUCGGUCCCUGGAAGUGUGACUCCAUCUACGCCCGAGCCUACCCCGACGCAGCGGCCAACUUGGCCGUACGUCGGAUCAACAAGGACCCAACCUUAAACAAGGGAUACUGGUUCGAUUACGUCCUCCUCAACGAAGACUGCCAGACCUCCAAGGCGCUCACGGGCUUAGUCAACGCAGAAUACUACGCCUCUGGUUUCGUCGGUCCGGUUAACCCGACGGUCUGCCAGGCUGCGGGGAUGCUGGGCAAAACCUGGAACAAGCCCGUCUUCUCCUGGGCUUGCUUGACGGAUGACGCGGCGGUGGGACGUUUCGGGACUUUUGUGCGGCCCUUACCGCAGGCCUCCGCUGUCCUCUACACUGUACUGAAGCACUUCCAGUGGGCUCACGUCGCCGUGAUCACCUCGAAGGAAGAUCUCUGGGUCCAAGUGGGACAAAGCCUGGCUGACUCGCUGAGGAACUUUGGCCUGCCCGUCACGGUGAUGACCACCAUGGAAGAUGAACCGAGCGGGGUGGAGGAUGCUCUUGGAAAGAUCAAGAAGGCCAACAACGUACGAGCGGUCAUCAUGUGCAUGCACUCCGUCCUGUUGGGUGGGGAGGAGCAGCGCCUCCUGUUGGAGAAGGCCGAAGAGACGGGCCUGACCAGAGGGAGUUACAUCUUCAUCCCCUACGAUGCCCUGACCUACAGCAUGCCCUACCAGGAGGAGGCCUACGCGGCGCUGGAGGACAACGUCAAAUUACGCCGGGCGUACGAUGCCGUGCUGACCGUCACCGUAGACUCGCCGGAGUAUUCCUUCCGGCAGGCCUUUGAAGAGGCUCAGAAGAGGAGAGAGAUCCCGGGACAGCUCAGUGUGGAGAAGGCCCAUCCUUUGUUCGGCACCAUUUUUAACGCUGUCUACUUCCUAGCCAAGGCCGUGGAAAACACCCGCGUCUCCGGGAAGAGGGUGGCGGGCACCACCAUUGCUGAACACGCCAAGGACUUCGAGCUGGAAGGGUUUAGCCAGCCGGUGUCAGCGGACCAAAAUGGAGCGGCCAAGGUGCCUUACGUCGUCCUGGACACGGAUGGGAGGGGCAGCCGCCUUCACCCCGUUUACAAAGUCGACUUGGCAUCCGGGAUCCUGCGUUUCACCGGACGAGCUGUCCACUGGCCUGACAACACCAAGCCAGCUUCGGACUCCAGCUGUUGGUUCAACCGCGGCACCAUUUGCACUGGGGGCGUGGGUGUCCGUUUUGUUUUCCUCUUCUUCCUCAUUGUUACUCUCUUGUUCCUGGGUGGAUCUGUUCUGGCUUACUAUCUUCGGUGCCAGCUUCAGCAUGCCAGGCUCACGAAGGGACCCAACAAAAUUGCCCUGACCGCGGAGGACCUGACCUUCAUCGACCUCCCGAGCGGCAGGAAGAAGACGGAUAACAGUCCUGGGGGAAAUUGCUCGGAGAAGAAAAGCUUGAAAAAUGGGGCAGAUCAGAAGAACAGCUUAGCUGUGUUUGAGGGUGACUGGGUGUGGCUGAAAAGAUUCCCUGGAGGAAAGAGCAUAGAAGUCAAAACAACCACGGAAAAAGUUUUUUGCAAGCUGCGGGACCUGAGACACGAAAACCUGAACCUCUUUAUAGGCUUCUUCCAUGACACUGGGAUUUUUGCUGUCGUCUCACAGCACUGCGCCCGCGGGAGUCUCGAGGACCUUCUCCGUAACGAGGACAUGAAACUGGACUGGAUGUUCAAAUCCUCCUUGCUGCUGGACCUUAUCAAGGGAAUGAAGUAUUUGCACCAUCAGGAAUUCCCUCACGGCCGGCUGAAGUCUCGGAACUGCGUGGUGGACGGCCGUUUUGUCCUGAAAGUCACGGAUCAUGGAUACAAUGAAUUGUUGGAAGCUCAGAAAGUGACCCGGGAUCCGAUGAAGCCUGAGGACCGUUUCUGGACGGCGCCAGAAUUGCUGAGGAACCCGGCGCUGGAACGGAAAGGCACCUUCCGGGGAGACAUUUACAGUAUCUCCAUCAUUAUUCAAGAAGUCAUUUGCCGCGCGGCGCCUUACUGCAUGCUGGAGAUGAGCCCGGAAGAGAUCAUCAAGAAGGUGAAGAAGCCCCCUCCUUUUUGCCGUCCCUCGGUCUCCAUCGACCAAGCGCCGGUAGAAUGCAUCCAGCUGAUGAAGGAAUGCUGGAGCGAACAGCCGGAAAGAAGACCAAACAUCAACCAAGUCUUUGAUCAGUUUAAGGGCAUCAACAAAGGCAGGAAGACCAACAUCAUCGACUCCAUGCUACGCAUGCUGGAGCAAUAUUCCAGCAACUUGGAAGACUUGAUCCGGGAGAGGACCGAAGAGCUGGAAGUUGAGAAGCAGAAGACCGACAAGUUGCUGACGCAGAUGCUGCCCCCUUCUGUGGCCGAGGCCCUGAAGACGGGUGCACCAGUAGAGCCCGAAUAUUUUGAAGAGGUGACCUUAUAUUUCAGCGACAUUGUGGGCUUCACCACCAUCUCGGCCAUGAGUGAACCCAUUGAAGUGGUUGACCUGCUCAACGAUCUGUACACCCUCUUUGAUGCCAUCAUUGGCUCCCAUGAUGUUUACAAGGUGGAGACCAUUGGCGACGCCUACAUGGUGGCUUCCGGGCUGCCGAAACGGAACGGGAACCGACACGCGGGUGAAAUCGCCAACAUGUCCCUCGAUAUCCUCAGUGCGGUUGGCACUUUCAGGAUGCGCCACAUGCCAGACGUACCUGUCCGGAUACGCAUCGGCUUGCACUCUGGGCCCUGCGUGGCUGGCGUGGUGGGACUGACCAUGCCACGCUACUGUCUCUUCGGGGACACGGUCAACACGGCCUCGCGGAUGGAGUCCACCGGCCUUCCUUAUCGAAUCCACGUCAACCUGCGCACGGUCGAGAUCCUGCAUGCCCUGAAAGAAGGCUACAAGCUCGAUUUACGAGGGAAAACGGAACUGAAGGGAAAAGGCACGGAAGAUACUUACUGGCUGAUCGGUCGGGACGGCUUCAGCAAACCUAUCCCUACGCCCCCUGACCUGAAGCCAGGGGCAAGCAGCCACGGCAUCAGCAUGGAUGAAAUUCCUGAGGACCGGAGGGAGAAGUUACAGAAAGCUCGUCAGGGACAGAAAAUAUAAGCUGGGAAGAAGACCGUUGCAUGAAGCCAGUUGUGAUGGAGGUCAACCAAUUUCCAGCUCUGUGGCUGGCCACCGCUCGUGUUUCCUGUUGAAGGCCUUUGGGCCAAUCUGGUAGAAGAGGAUGAAUCCACAACUGGGCAGGGAGCCAUCCCAUAAUAACCCAAAGGGAUGCAUCCCUUUCCCCCCGUAUCGUCUGCUACUUUCAAACUUCUAGUGUCUGAUGGAACUGUGGACGGUCUAGGACUUCUUCCUCACCCACUGUGAUCAACGGUGAGAUGCAGGCUGGGAUUUGGGCCAACUAGGUCUUCAACAUUUGAACAUUUGAACCUGGUGGGAUUUUGGCCAAGCCAGGAACGGCAGCUGCUCUUGACUUCCGUUGGGGACUUGGCUCGCUUUUGACAAGGAUGGACGCCCGGAUUCCAUAACAUUAAUUAUUUCCUUAGCAAAGAGGACAGGAUGUGGAGAAGAACGGCUAACGAAGGGAAGACCAUGAUUUCAGAGAAAUCGCGGGGAGAUAAUCCAGCUGGAACUGGCAUUUGGGUGGCUUUGUGGACACCACACCACACCAAGAGACCUUCAAGGAGAAUAUGUUGAUAGUCUUCUGAUUUUCUAGAAGAAACCAAAUCCAUUAGAGAUGAAGCUGGGAUGACCCUUGGAGACUGUACAGCGAAUGAGACAAUAUUCACGGACCCACUAACGGAAGUGGGACUUCAGCUCUGUUAGACAACGGUGCGGCCUCGAAGGAAUAUUUGUGACAAUUUAUAUAAAAAAGGGCUUCCUUCUUAAAAAAUUCAUUUCCUCUUCUGAGCCAGGAGUCUGAAUUUAAUUUCAUUUAUCUCCUCCUCAAAAACAGCGGUAGAGAUGAAAAUUUAAAGUAGGAAGGGACCCCGUUCAGCUAUUCUAUGAUCCAAGAAUGUAACUUUUAGCUAUUUUGAGGAGAAACAGGAAAAAACUGUAUGAAAUCUUGCGUAUUUUUUUAAUCUACUUGAGGGUGAGAGGCAAGGAUGGAUUUGGGGAAACGAGUUGCUUCAAAACUUCCUUCUGGAAAAGAAUUAUGUUUAAAUACAGCAUCUUGAAGUAACCGGUCAUUAUUAAGCAGUGUUUCUCCAUUUUGGUAACUUUAA